AAGUGUAACCCUUGACGCACCUGCUUACACGUGCCACUCAAAUUUAUUAUCCCGGAUUUUAGGCCGAUGAUAACAGUUUACAUAUCCUCAGACGAUACACAGAGGUAAACCGUGAAAAUGGCUGCGACCAGUUGGGGAGUGUUGUUGGCUAUUCUGCUUCAGCAACUGGCCGAAGUCCACACUUUGACAGGACCACACGUGUGUACUCAACAGCAAAGUAGAUCGGUGACGGUUUAUCAACAAACGAGCAGACAGCAAUAUCAACGAUACACAACAAGUUGUGGCCUUUUCGGUUGGAGCCGUUGUACGCGGUAUAGACCCAUUACAGCUUAUUACUCCCGGCCAGUGUACCAAACACAAUAUUACCAGACUCAAGUCUGCUGCUCUGGCUGGAAACAAACCGGAACAACCUGUAACACACCAAUCUGUAGUCGUGGAUGUGUCCAGGGUUCUUGUACCGCCCCCAAUGUGUGCACCUGUACAAGCGGUUACAGCGGAGCACGGUGUGAUACCGAUAUCAACGAAUGUACGGGCUCCCAUGGCUGUCAACACAACUGUGUGAAUACUGCAGGAAGUUACAGGUGCACGUGUAGAACUGGCUAUGUAUUGUAUGGCACUAAAAACUGUACCGACAUAAACGAAUGUACUGCAGGCACCCAUAGGUGUGAUCACACGUGUCACAAUUCUAUUGGUAGUUACUACUGCACGUGCCGAGAUGGCUACCGACUCCAAGGUUCUCACAGCUGUUUAGAUAUUGAUGAGUGUACCAGUAAUAACGGUGGAUGUUCUCAAAUAUGCUCCAACAUCCCAGGAAGUUACCGCUGUAGUUGUAAUGUUGGCUAUGCCCUGCAGGCGGACAGUCACUCGUGUAGAGAUAUCGACGAAUGUUCCACUGGCAAUGGCGGCUGUGCCCAUAACUGCACCAACACCGUGGGAAGUUUCUUUUGUACCUGUAGGACUGGGUUUGUAUUGGAUGGGAACGGUCUGACUUGCUCUGACCACGACGAGUGUUCAACCUCCCAUCAUGGCUGCGAACAGAAAUGUAACAAUCUUCAUGGGAGCUACUACUGCUCUUGCAAUAUAGGCUACAUUCUUGCUGCUGACAAGAAACUCUGCAACGACGUUGACGAGUGCAGUAACGGGACCCAUGCCUGUGAUCACAACUGUCACAAUACACGUGGUAGCUACACGUGUUCAUGUAGAAAUGGGUAUGAACUGGCGCCCGAUGGACGUGGAUGUAUAGAUAUCAAUGAGUGUGACCGUGGGACCGAUGGCUGUGGACAUAUUUGUAAGAACACCCAGGGUUCUUUCUACUGUACAUGUCAGUCUGGAUGGCAUCUUGGCACUGAUAACAAGACAUGUUUAGGAAACCCCUGUGUUGCAAUUGACACGCCAAAUAACGGCGCCAGAGCCUGUAGUGGGUUUGUCACCAACGAGACGUGUACUUUUUACCUGUGAUCUGGGAUACUACAUGGUCG